AUGUCCUACCCCUCAACACUUCUCCUAAUAACUCUUCUUAGUAUUGGAUUUACAAUAUCUUCAGCUCAAUUUCCAGUUGUUGAUGUUCCUUUGGCUGGUGUUAUAACUUGUACUAACACUUCCUUGGCAGCAGUCGGAACGUCCCGCGUAGUUCCACAGGCAAGAGUUGAUGUUGUUUGUGGGCUUUCCCAAUCAGUGCUACGAUCAACAACAACCAACUCACAAGGACUUUAUACCUUCUUCUUUAAUCGGGUCGGAAUUCCAUUGUUAUACAAUCCAGAACAAUGCUUGCUCAGGGUCGUAUUACCUCCUGGCUCAUGUGUAUUUGUACCCCCUGGAGUUUCUAUCACCUUUCCUAUCAUUGCCAUUAGAAGCAUCUUAGGUGUAUUGAGCGCCUAUAUUCCCGGUGCACCAACCUAUGUGGUGGCCUAA